UCAAUGUUUGAUAUCUUAAAAAUCACAAAAACACAAUUUGAAUCUCUGUAUUCUUGCAUUUAAUUAUUUUCUUGUACGGGUAAAGUGAGUUAAUUAAUUUCCAGGGAUUGUUGAAUAGGAAAUUCAACCAUGGAUGAUUGCGAGAGCGAAAGUGAUUGCAAUCGCAAUAAGGAUCGCAGCCCAUCCCCAGGAGUGAAAUCAACGGCUGUGGUGAAGUACACAGCAUUCCAGAGCCCCGUUGGAUAUGCGCGCCUACAAUGCAACACAGAUCUCAAUCUGCCACCUUCCAACUGGGGUGGGAUAGACUCAUAUGGACUAAAGCAGAUAUUGACUAGAGACAGCGGACUAUCCAGCUUUAGGAUGGCACACAUGUUCCCAGACUGUGUUGGGGAGGUUGACGUGAUAUCAGAUGCGGAGUGUAUCAAGAAACUUCUCAAACUGCCUUACCAACCUAAUGGCACUGUAAGCAUGAUGGUACACAGAGUGGAGAAUACGCUGCUGUUGGAUGAUUUUGACGUAUACGAGUAUCUCAUGAAGUCAGAAUGGUCCUGGCUGAAGGACUUCUUCUAUGAGAACAUAUUGAAAACUAUGUCUGAAAAGGAGCGCAUGUCGCUGACGCUGGCGCCUAGUCCCAGCUCCGCGUUGCAGCUGACACACAAGUUCCUAUCGCAUAGCGUGGCGGAGCGCCCGCAGCCGCUACCCGCCGAGACUCCGCACCAGCCCAUGUGCUUACCCGGACCAUUUCUCCCUGAGCCCGAAACCCGUCCAGAAGCCGAGCCAGCGAAAGAGCAAAACUUCAACCGCAAUGUCCUUUGGACUUUCGAAGACAUUCACAUGUUAAUAGGCAGCAACCUUCCAAUCUUUGGCGACAAGGACCGACCUUGUGUUAGCCUACGUUUACGAGACGCUAGAGAACCAAUCAAUGUACUAACAGGCAUAGACUACUGGCUGGACAACUUAAUGUGCAAUGUCCCAGAAGUCUUAAUGUGCUACCAUUUAGACGGAAUAGUUCAGAAGUAUGAACCAAUGAAAACUGAGGAGCUACCCAAUAUGGAGAACAGUAGAUUCUCCCCAAAAGUCAUAAGGAAUGUUGCUCAAAAUAUCUUAUCCUUUUUGAAAUCGAACGCGACGAAAGCAGGCCAUACGUAUUGGUUGUUCAAAGGUCCACAUGAUGAUGUGGUGAAACUCUAUGAUUUGACGUCUCUAUGUCCGGAUACGAUGGAUAAUCCGUUUACAACACCAGUUGCAAUGUUGCUGUAUAGGGUAGCAAGGAAUAUGCGAUUGAUGAACAGGUCGAAACAUGUUCGGCAAUUGUUGGAACAUGUUGUGGAAUUAUUGAAGGUUGAAAGGUACCCUCAGAUUGUCGCUUCUUCGCAUUAUAUGUUGUCGGAUUUGUAUGUUCCCGCUACGACGAAUCCGGCUUGUCCGAACUUCAAAGACGAAAGUUCAGAUUCGGAAGAGGAGUCAGAUUUCGGGAACUAUGCGGAAUUCCCUGGGCAUCCCCCUUCUGACGUUGACAGUGGGUGCGAAAGAGACAGCAACAUGACGGACAAGGACGAAGCGAGCGAUAAAGUCGAGAUUAUGAGUGAUACCACAGAUAAGGACGAGAAGUGUGAGGGAGAGGAACAUAACGAGGCAGGUGUGUGCGAGCGAGAGAGCAGUAGUGAAAGUACGGAGCUUGCCUUACAAGUGCGUGGACUUGCUCUCAGAGACAUCGGCCAUAGAAAUUCUUCAAACAAUACUGACGAGAAAGCCAAAACAGAUCCCGGUAAAGGUCUCGGAAUAGAACCCGCUACACGCUGCGGGCGCGCUUUGAGACAUGCUCUGAAAGGACUAAAGGCUUUACACCACCUCACUAUCAAUAAAUCUAAGGAGGAAGAACGGGAACGCCUAAAACAACAGAUCAUAAUAGAAGAGCAGCAUCCAAAAAUGGCGAACCCGUACGAACCGAUAAAAAUGAACUACGAACCGCUCAAACGCACCAAAGACAACAAAGAUCCAAAAGAACACGUCUCCAGAAGCAGACGACGCAAGCGCGAGAAAAAAACCGAUAAAUCCGGCAACUUUUUAAUCGAAACUAAAUCCGCGAUCGAUAAAAACGCGAUUCUAGUCCGAAAAGAAAAACAUACCAUACCAAAUCUACACGAGCCUAAUAGAGAUGACAAUUUUGCAUGGAAAUUACAUUUGAAAACUUUAUUGUAUGAAAAAAUUUGCCUCGCGUACGCAACGUUGGCCGAAUACAGUUACUCUCAUGAACAGUACGGGUUUUCUCUUAAGUAUAUAGAUAUGGCCAAUAAAUGCCAAAGGUUGUUAAGCAAUAUGAUCAUAAAAAGUAGGGUGGUAGAUGCCAGUUGUCUGAUUGGCCGUGUUGGUGACAAUUUUUUUCAAUUGAGCAAACAUUGGGCCAGCCUAGAACAGUUUAAGAAACAGUUUGAGACGGACCAUGAAAUUGAUAGUCAAAUAAAACUAGAGAUUGAAAAUGAUAUGGCAGAAGAGUUGGACGGCGAUGUGGGGGAUGAGUUUGAGCUUGAAAUAGCCCUGCCAAAGAGCGAGACGGAGGCGAUGCUGUCAUCGUGCGAGUUCUACCGCAAGGCGGGGCUAGUGUCGGACGACGAGACGCAAAAAAAGGACGAACUGUUGCGUCGGAGGGCCUCCGUGUGCAACGAACUCGCCGUCCGAUACAUGAACGAUGCGCAACAGAUCUACGUGAAAUAUCUAGAAGAGGCUGAGAAAAAGGAUGGCAGUGCCAAGCUUAUAUACAAACAGUUUAGUUCUCUGUCGCGGCGGUCUGCUGAGUGUUUGGACGAGGCCACGACCAUCUUCACGCAGGUCAACGACGUGCCUAACCUGGCGCUUCUGUAUUGCAAUAAGGCGCGCUAUAUGAGGUUCAGGGCGCACUGCAUACAAGGCGGCUUCAACUCUGAAAAAAGAAGUCUUUACAGCCAAGCCGAAGAUCUCUACACAUCAGCACUUAAGCUGUUAGGGCCCAGGGAAUCCUGUGGAGCAGCAUCAGUAUGGGACCUGGUAUCCUGGGAACUGUCCUGCCACUUGUACACCAGGGCUGUGCUGAUGCAGGACUGCCCGGGGGUGUAUGCCAAUGAAGUGACAGAGGUGGCAGAAGCAUUCAAGCAUGCGCUCAAGCAUUGCCUCCUAAGUCCGGGCCCGCGACAGUAUCUCUACCAGUUCCGAGCUGCUAUGAUUUACCAUCGCCUCGGCUCGCUAUACCACGCGCAAUACAGGAUGACGUCGGAGGAGGGUCCGCGUCGCCGCAGCCUGCUGAACGCUACGUGCAGCCAGUAUGAGAAGGCAGCGCUACAGUUUGCCGCGCUAGAGGACGCCGCCAUGUUCCUCACCGUGCGGCUAGAGCACGUCGCCGCGUUAGAAGCGCACGCUGCCGUAUCACCCAACGUGAAACUGAAAUCCCUUCAAAACGCGAUCGAGCUUUUGCGUCAAUGUCACUCCAUCAUGAAAGUACUGAAAGACAGAGACCCCGACGAACAGAAAGAGACGCCAAAGCCAGAAGAGGGAGACGAAAAAACUUUGAAAAACGAACACAGUCUGUUGUCUCUAUACGAAAACCGCCUGCACUAUAUCCUAAGAAACAUAAUACAGUAUUGCAGAUCGAAAUCUAACAAAGACUAUGAGAAAAUAACGGAUAUGUAUAAGAAGCUAUACUGUGCCAGUUUGAAGAUAAAGAAAAAUGAUGAAGUUCGUCUAUACGCAUCUAGUAUCUGCGAUGUUUUGGUGGCCAUGGAUGGGAUUAGUAAGGACUUUGAAUAAGCAUAAGUUAUUUUAACCGGUUAUUAAAAUGUAAUAGUAAAAAUAAAACUGCAAAUUUCAAAACGUAAUUUUAUUUAUUACAAAGCCUGUAACAAAAAUAUCUCUAAAAUAAUGUUACAAUGUAUUUACAAAAGUAUUAUAAUAUAAUAGUAUAAAAUCAUUAAAUAACUAUCACAACACGGUACUAGUCGCGCCACGAAUGUUGAAAAUGUGCAGUUAUCGAAUUCGUUAAAAUUAAAAACUCCGUGGACGUCCACGGCUGGACAUAGGUCUCUUAUUGAAGUCUACAGUCCACACCCAUAGUUUUGGGAUGUAGCGAGCUGAAUUGCACUUUAUUGCGUCGGUAUAGAGUCGCUAUUUAUUUGAUCGUCUUUUUGGAGUGAUUCUUCUGGAUUUGGAAAGUUAAGAUAGGGGUUUUUUACCCCACUACGGCAAAGUCAAUAGAAAGGAUUAUGGUUUUAGCAGUAUAUGAAUGUUUGUAUAAGAUUCUGUGUGUUCCACGGUAACUCCUAAAUUACUGGGCCGAUUUUGAUGAACUAGAUGUCAAUCAAUUCGUUAUUAUGAUCCGGGUGACAUAGGCUAUC